UGGCAGAAACAGAGAAGUCACUUCUUAUGAUAAUCACAACAAUACAGACAAAGCUUCACUGUGGAGGAAGAAGCAGCACAGACAUGAGGAUGUUUGUUCUCACGUGGGCAACUCUGCUUUUCUCUGGGACCAGCAUUCAUGCAGGUGCUUCAGAGUGGGGACAGGAAACCUGUUCUGAUGAAUUUUGUGUCACUCUUGCUGAGAAGGAAAUAACAGCAGUGGCCGGACUCUGUGUCGUGAUCCCGUGUUAUUUCACUACACCCGAUACAUUUCUACCCAACAAUCUAGUUUGGUACAAAUGUGAAGCCACUAAGCGGAGAUGUGGUGAUGCAGACACCAUAUUCCGCACUAACAUGUUCAACAGAAAGAUUCAGUCUGGGUUUAGGGGACGUGUGUCACUGCUGGAGCCCGACGUGAAGAACAACUGCACGAUCAUUAUCAGUAACCUGAAAGAGUCCGAUUCUGGCUCAUAUCAACUUAGGAUAAAUGGUUUCCUCAGUGGAUACACGUUUCUUCCAAGGGCAACGGUUUCUGUUAAAGGUCUGAGUCAGAGGCCCACAGUGAGGAUUUCUGAUCUGAAAGUGGGACAGUUGACCUACGUGUCUUGCACUGCUCCCAGUCUCUGCUUGGAAUCGGAUCCUGAAAUCACCUGGAUUUGGAGUGGAGCAGGGAAAAAUGAAACCCACAUCACAGGGAACAGCACAGCUUUCAAGUUUGAAAACCAGAGACACAGUUCAACUCUAACGUUCCACCCUUCAGCGGAACAUCACGGCACCAACAUCACCUGUAAGAUCAACUUCAGAGGAGACGUGACGACAGAGGAGACUGUGACUUUGAUGGUGACCUAUGUGAAGGAAGUUCAAAUCACUAAGACUGCAAGUGUGAAGGAGGGUCAGACUCUGAACCUUACAUGCAGUGUUGAAAGUUUCCCUCCAUCACUCAUCUUGUGGACUAAAUUUUCUGGCUAUGACAUUCAAAAUGGAACAGAAAAUAAUGAGCAAAAGGAUGCUGAACUCCUUAAGGUGGAGGAAAGUGGAACUGCUACUCUUUCCAUCGCAAACGUAACUGCAGAAGAUUCUGGACUGUACAUAUGCAAAGUAAAACAUCUGAAUGACACCCUAAAGAAACAUGUCAACGUAACAGUAAUCUAUGUGAGAGAACCUUGGAUCACUGGAGAUACGACUGUGAAGGAGGGAGAUGUUCUGAAUCUCACGUGCAGCACUGACAGUUUCCCCCCAUCUCUUAUCUCAUGGACUAAGCUUGGCUUCCCUGGAACUAACCUGCACACUGACACUGGAUCAGCCACGCUCAUCAUCCCUAAUGUGACAGCAGAGCAUUCUGGUCGUUACGUCUGUUCAACAAAACACUUAGACACAGCCAUGACUAUAAAUGCUGAUGUAACUGUGACUUGGUUUUCAAAGAUCUUAAAAACCUCAGGAUGUAAGGCUGAGUUGGAUGUACUAACCUGUGUGUGUAUCAGUGAGGGCUUACCUUUACCUGCUAUCACAUGGCCGCUGUUGAGAAACUAUACAGAGUAUUCAACCACUGUCACUGUGUCAAACCACAUGGUCAACAGCACCCUGAUCCUGACUGUGAAAGGCCACCAAAAUAUUUCUGUUGAGUGUGUCAGUAGCAAUGAAAAUGGGGAAGCAAGAGAAAACCUCAACAUCUGCAUAAACCCAUCAGACAAAGACGAUCAGUUAAUGACAGUUUUCAAAAAGUUUCCAUGCUGGCUGGAAACCAUCGUUGCCUUUUUGACUGGCAUCCUUCUCUGCGCAACCAUUUCCUGUUUGGUACAAAGAUGCCACAGAAAAAAACAGCAGAGCAGCAGAUUUAAUCUUGAUGAGACUCUGGAGAUGGUGACCAAUCAAGAGGAUCCACUGACAUAUGAUGGCCAGGCACAAGAACAUCAUCAGAUGCACAGCCAGGAGGAAGUUGAAUAUGAAUGUGUGGUAAGGAGGGCCCUCCAACCCAGUGGUGAACCAACAAAUGUGGAGUAUGCCAACAUUGAUUUUUCACUGUUGAAGAGAAAAACUGCAAGGGAUGCAGCAAAAAACCAAGAGACCACAGAGACAGAGUAUAGUGAAAUAAAACAAGUUACAAAGCACAGAGAAGACGAUGGAAAGGAACAUGAGCUGUUGGAGGGCAAAGAGGCUGUCAUGGAGGAAGAUGGGGAGACAAAGAAAAUCCCAGAUGAAGGUGAAGGGGAGGACAUGGCAGUAUACUCUGCUGUCAAGGAUACAAUGGCUGAAAUGUGAGGAUUGUGUUGUAUUUUGGACAAAGUUUGAUUGCAGUCAUGAAUUUGAAUAUAAACUCACAUAUAAACAGAAUUGACAUUUUGCACUGUUCAAAAUGCAAAAAGAAGAAAUGCGAGUGAGACCAAAAAAAAUUGAGUACAUAACAUAAACUGAAAUAGGCUGUUCAUCAGCUGAUAAAAAGUUUAAGACCACAGCCUUUAAAAGCCUAAAUCUUUGCAAAAAUGUGGAUUCAGUGUCUUUUUCUGUCAGGUAUCCACACUGUCGUGACCUCCCAAUGGCAAAGGCAAAAAAAGCUUUCUCUCUUUGAAUUGCAUCAGCAAGGCCACUGCUGCUGAGGUUGGACGUUUGUUUUGAAAUUGAAAAUGUCAGUUUUAAUUUCAGUGUUUCUCAAACUGCCUGCGACAUGUAUGUGUUGUUUUCAAUAUCAAGUCAACUAGUUCAUUUUAGGAGGUUGUUAUUUGUGAACUGGUGAAGUUGCCAUAUUGUUUUGGGGCUAUUUUGAGUUAGGUGGUCUGUGGUCCUUGGUCUGCUUUAGAUGUAUUUACCUUCAUUUUAUUUACCUGCAUUAAUUAUUAAUGUGAUUACAUGUGGUCCAGUGUUAUUUUAAUUCGGAUGAUGUCAUGAUGACCGAUGAUUGUAUUUGAUAAAAACAAAA